AUGAUCCUUUCAGUUUUGUUCUGGGAUUUUAUUUUUGAUAUUCGAGUUGCUAAAAUAAGUCAGCAAUUGGAAGAAAAUUUGCACGCUGGUCACGGAGUUAUUUUUUCUUGUACUCUGGAAGCUGAACCUUAUCAUGGCAGUGGAGAUAAGAUCAAACUGCCGCCUUCUUCUUUUGUGGAGUUAAAUGAACGAGGGGCUUUUGACAAAGGACCACUACAAAUCUCUUUGCCCUCGCUUCGCGAAGAGGGUGCUGGAAAAGAACAGUACAGGAUGACACAUGCUGGUUUAAUGGAGUUCACUGAAGAGGAAAGUUCUGUAGCACUUCCUCCACACACUUGGAGCAACUUAUUCCCUGCAAGAACUCUCAAGUCUUCCAUGGUGGAAGUACGUUAUGUUUGGCUCCCAAAAGGAACUUACGCUAAACUUUUUUCUGACAUUCCCGAACACAAAGCAGUCCUGGAAACAAGCCUUCAAUGUUGGGAAAUUUGA